UGAAAUAAAAAAAUAAAAAUUCACAUUAAGACUUUGGGUAUACCACACUUCCCUUGUUCUCCCUGUUCAAAUUUCUCUUCUUUUCUUUUCCUCAAACCUUUUUUUUCUUUUUUUACCUCCACUUGUUUCCUCUAUUUUUUUUUCCACUACCGAAAAGUUCCAACUUUUUUUAAAUUCAUCAUGAUCGAAGACGUCAAGUAUAGAAACAAGUACAGGGAAUUGAAGAAGCGGAUCCGAGAUAUUGAAGAAGAAAACGAUCUUCUUCAUAUUCGGUUAUAUAAAGCCCGUAAAAACAUUAGCCAAUUGAAAUUAGAGAGAACUUUUUUACUGGAUCGCAUGGAAAAGGUGCAUGGUGCCUCGCUGCCUAACAGCGAUCACUCAGAUAUGGGCUCCGAUAUUGAAACCCACGAUGGCAUCGAUUUGAAAUAUCAUUCUACAAAGCACGGUGAUCAUCAUCGUGGUCGAAUAGACAAAAUGCUCGCGGGUAAGCCGCCGCGACGAAAGAAGGAUCCCAAUGCACCGAAAGGGCCGGGCAACGUCUUUUUCCUGUACUGUCGCCUUGAACGAGACAAGAUCAAAGAUCAGUACCCGCAAGAAAAUCUCGGUGAAGUCACCAAAUUACUGGGCCAGAAAUGGAAAAGUCUGUCAAAGGAAGAAAAACAGAAAUAUUAUGAUAUGUAUAAAAAAGAGAUGGAAGAGUAUGAGGAGGCAAUGAAAUCAUAUACCGGGGCCAAUGGUUUACCGUUGACUGAUGCCGUCAAUGGAACCGAGGAAACCGCAGAAGCCAUGACGUUGUCGGCCAUGUCUUCACCAGUGCCUUCGACGGAUGAUCCCAGCGAUUCGUUGAUGCCGUCAUUACAUGAUAUAGAUGAAGACGAAGUCACCGCCACGCCAUCGGGUUCGAUCCAGUCGGUCGGCAAUCUCCCUUCCCAAACGAACCAUGCAUCCACUGAUCAUCCCAUCACCUUGCCUCCUCCACUUUCUUCUUCUGUUGACCCCGACUCCGCCGCUCCUACUCCUACGACUGUGACAUCUGACAACGUGUCCACCGCGCCAUCUCAGUCUAGCUUGCGAGCUAUGGCAUGGGAACCCGAGAACGGGUUACGUUAACUCAAAAGAACGAUCAUAUAUAUCACCCCCUCCAUUUCAUUAAAAUAAAGAAAACUCUCUUGGUUCUUGAGCUGUAAAAGGAUCAAGUUCACAG